UCAUAUGCAAACAUGGAAGAAAGUCUAAGAAGUAAUAGAUUCUCAACAAAGUUUGAAUCCAUCUACUGCCAGAGGUCAGUUUUACAAAGGUUGAAGGUUACAUGGAAAUCAUUGUGUUAAUGGUUACAGAGACAAACAAGAAUGUUUUUCCAGAUGUUCUUACAUUCAAUACAUUGAUAAAUGCAUUCUGCAAGGAAGGAAUGGCAAAAGAAGCAGAGAAUGUUCUUGAAUUCAUGGUCCAAAGAGGUGUUGGUCCUGUUGUAGUCACAUACAAUACACUCACGGAUGGUUAUUGCUUGCUAGGUCACAUGGACAGAGCAAUCGAAGUCUUUCAUUCCAUGGUGGAUAAGGGCAUUGAGCCGAACAUUCUUUGCUACAACAUUUUGAUCAAUGGAUAUUGCAAAAAUAUAAAAAUUGAAGAGAAGAGGCCAUGAAUGUAUUCCAUGAAAUGCCUUGUAAAGGAUUGAAACCCACAAUUGUUAUUUCCAAUACUAUGUUGCAGGGAUUGUUUGAGGUUGUUAGGUGUUCUACUUCUCAAGGACUUUUGAAUGAGAUGCAAGCAAAUGGUCAGGCUCCUGAUUAUUAUACUUAUUGUGUCCUACUGGAUGGAUUAUCCAAGAAUGGACGUAUUGAUGAAGCAUUGCUGUUAUUUCAAGAGCUGGAAUGCAGUGGCAUAAAUCCUGGUAUUGCUAUGCACAAUAUAUUAAUUGAUAGAUUGUGCAAAGAUGGGAAGCUUGAGAUGGCAAAGAAUCUAUUUGGUAAGCUUGAUUCUAAAGGUUUGCGGCCUGAUGUUCGCACUUUUACUAUGAUGAUAGGUGGAUUUUGUGAACAGGGGCUAUUGGGUGAGGCAAAUGAUUUACUUGUGAAGAUGGAAGGGAUGGGUUGUAUGCCUAAUCAUGCAACUUACAAUGUUAUUGUCCGUGGAUUCCUUGAAGCAAAUGUCUACACUGAAGCAAAUAUACUUGCGGAGAAAAUGAUUGGGAGGGGCUUUUCAGCAAAUACAUCUACUUUGGCUACAAUAGUGUAUCUACUCUCAGCUGAAGGUCAAGAUCCUAUACUCUUUGAUAUGAUUAAAAUGUUGGUGCCCCAGGAUAUCCUUGAAAUCCAUAACACCAAAGAAAUUUGUUAAGCUGUCAAUUUGGAUGCUAUGUUUGGUGGGCAUAUGUUGGAUAAUUGUUGGUUCCCUACAAUUUGGCCUUUGAAGCAUCAUAUGAAAAUAUAUCUCUUGGGAAUUUGGUAGGUUAGUUUUUACUAGAUUGUUUUUGUCAUUUACUACUUGACACUAUAAUGACGUGAAGCAAUUGGUUCAAUGCUUUGGAUUUUUGUCUUGUACAUCCAGUUCCUCCUAAGGUGUGAGUGGUUUAUUGUGUUAGUCCUGAAGCUGUUUGCUAUAAUGGCUGGUUGUAUCAUUUUGGUAAAAUGGCUUUGGAUGGUCCAGAUAUAGUGCUCUGAUUGUGAUAUUUGGAUUUGCUUUUUAUUCA